CCAGGGCAGUAAGUUCUAGUCAGUCCACAAGUCAAAUGGCGGGCUCGCAGUUAAGCCCGUUGACCCCACGCGGUAGGGAGCUCCUAGAGCUCCAACAGGUCGAAAGGAUCCGCGAGCGGUUAGAGAGGGAACUGAAGCAAGCUACCGACAGAGAAAGAGAAAUUAAAAAUAGAACAGCCAGGCUUGAUACGUUAGAGGCAGACAAAGCUGCAUUAGAGGGUCUGGAUGAGUCAGCCAUGUCUGACCAAAUGAAAAUAUUGAAGAACAGUAUGCUGUCGCUGCAUGCGCAUGUGGACAACAGACUGGAUUUCAUGCAGAACUCUUUGGACCAGAUCUUGGACCUUUUGCAAAGGCCAGGAUUCCGGCCAGCAGCACAGUCGUCGUUGCCGUUAACGGCAUUUCAGGCCCCUUUCCGGUACAAGCUGGCACAAGUGGACCGGGUACAACGCCUUAGUAGACCCGUAGCAUCUACUUUGGCCAAUAAGGAGCGCAUGAUUGUCACAGACUAUAUCAAGGAUGUAGUCUGCACCUUCUCCUAUGGAGGAGGGGAACUUAAUCACAAGAUUUCGUUCCUGGUUAGUGACGACUUACCAUUUGAUAUGCUGUUGGGGAUGUACUACCUUGAGGUUGCCAAACCCCAGUUUGACUGGGACAAGAAGGUGCUAAAGCAUAAGUUGCCUGAUGGAAGAACAAUGAGGCUGACUAAGUUCAAACCCGGUAGUAUAAUCCAUACCUAUGGCUGCUUGUGUGCAUCAGCGUUCUAUAACUAUUAUAAACAGAACCAAGAGGAGGGUAUGUACCUAGUGUAUGUCUCUAAGAAAGGGGCGGCCGUUAAAACACCCCCAGAGAUAGAACAUGUCGUUGCUAAGUUCCCUGAUCUGUUCACGGAGCCUACAGGAGUCGUAGAAAGGGAGGUUGUCCACGCCAUAGAAAUCAUUCCAGGGAGUAAAACCCCAAAGGGAAGGAUCUAUAGGAUGGCUCCGGCCGAGUUGGAUGAACUUCGGCGACAACUGAAAGAGCUGACAGAAAAGGGAUGGAUCCGGCCGAGUACUUCCCCCUACGGAUCUUCAGUGCUAUUUGUACCGAAGAAGGGGGGUACAUUGAGGAUGUGCAUUGAUUACAGGGGCCUCAAUGCCAUCACAGUGAAAAACGCAGAGCCUCUACCUCGCAUAGACGACCUAUUGGAUAGGGUGCAGGGAUGUAAGUACUAUACCAAGAUAGACUUAAAGUCCGACUACCAUCAGAUCGCAAUAAGACCUGACGAUCAACACAAGACUGCUUUUCAGACCAGAUACGGUCUGUAUGAGUUUGUAGUGAUGCCCUUUGGCCUUUGCAAUGCGCCGGGUACAUUCCAUCAUGCCAUGAAUAGGAUCUUCCAUGACCACUUAGAUAAGUUUGUCGUUGUCUACUUAGACGAUAUUCUUAUCCUUAGUAAGUCUAUCGAGGAGCAUGCACAACACGUUGAGACUGUACUUUCACUCCUGCGACAGCACAAGUAUAAGGUCAACUUAGAGAAAUGUGAGUUUGGACGCACUAAGAUCUUAUACUUGGGUCAUGAAGUAUCCGCGGAAGGUAUUAGCUUGAAAGAUGCGAAGGUGGCUAGUAUCAGGGACUGGCCACGACCUCAGACUGUUACUGAGGUCAGAUCUUUCUUAGGAAUGUGCGGCUACUAUAGGAACUUCGUAAAGAACUAUUCUACAGUCGCCUCUCCUUUGACUGAUCUAACUCGACUUGACACGCCGUGGAACUGGAGUGAUGAGUGCGAGGCUGCUUUCAAACGAUUGAAGCAUGCACUCAUGAAUCAUGAGGUUCUCAUGGUGCCCGAUCCUCAGAAGCCAUUCAUAGUGACCACUGACGCAAGCCAAUACGGCAUUGGCGCAGUGCUGGCUCAACAGGAUGGGAAAAAGUUGAGACCGAUUGAUUAUAUGAGCAAGAAAAUGCCAUCAAAGAAACUCGCAAAGUCGACCUAUGAAAGGGAACUCUACGCUCUCUACAAAGCACUUGUUCAUUGGAGGCACUUUCUGUUGGGAAGGUUCUUCUAUUUGAGAACUGACCAUCAGACCCUCAAAUGGAUCAAGACUCAACCGACUCUUUCUCAACGCUGGAUUGAGGUCAUAGAUCAGUAUGACUUCAAGCUAGAGUAUCUGAAGGGAGAGUACAACAAGGUUGAUGAUGCGCUGUCACGAAGAGCAGACUACCUAGGGGCGCUAUUUUCUGAGUUUGGUGUAUCUGAAGAACUGACUCAAUCGCUGGUGGGAGCCUAUCAGGAAGACCCUGUCAYGAUGGACAUCAUACGCAAACUUCAGGCAAAAGACAAGGCCACAGAARAUGAGUUUGUGAUGGUGGACGGGCUUCUCUUUCUUGAUAAGGGCGGAUUUAAAAGAUUAGUUGUACCAUCUAGUGAACAUUUGCGUAGUUUAUUCUUAGGAGAAUGUCAUGACACAACUAGACACUUUGGCUACAAAAAGACGAGUGCCAAUCUAGUACAGCGAUUUUGGUGGCCUGGAAUGCUAGAUGACGCAAAGAAGUAUGUAGAGACCUGUCAGGUCUGUCAGCGGGACAAGCCGCGAACGCAAGCACCGCUUGGGUUGCUGAAGCCCUUACCUAUCCCCGCUGCUCCAGGACAGAGCGUUUCCAUGGACUUCAUGGACACCCUGGUGACCAGUAGGAGUGGCAAGAGGCACAUCUUUGUCAUCAUCGAUCGAUUCACCAAAUACGCUAGACUAAUUGCCAUGCCAGAGACCGCAAGGACUGACCACGUCAUCAAGUUGUUUAUGGACAACUGGGUAUGUGAUUUUGGACUACCAAAGUCAAUCGUUAGUGACAAAGAUGUCUGAUUCACAAGUGAGCUGUGGAAGAAGACUGCUGAGCAGAUGGGCAGUCAACUUCAGAUGACUUCAGGGAAUCAUCCUGAAGCCAACGGACAGGCCGAGCAGAUGAGCAGAGUUGUACAACACCUGCUGAGGCAUUACAUCAAGCCCAACCAGGAUGACUGGGAUGAGAAGUUGCCUCUCAUCGCCAGCCUGUACAACAACGCUGUACACAGCAGUACCGACAUUAGUCCUAAUCAGCUACACUUGGGAUGAAAGCUUCCUCCUGCCUGAAAAUCGACCCUCUGCAACUCCAGGCACACUUGAGUAUCGUGUGCAGUAUGAGAAGUUGCUACAGCAAGUUGUCGAACACAUCAAGAAAGCUCAGCAAGCAAUGAUUGCUUCUGAGAACAAACAUCGUCGGCAGUC